GCUCGUUAAGUGACGUCACGAGAGGAGCCGUGAUACUGGUUGAGUCAUGGUGUUGCCAUGCUCGCUAAGAGGUCAUGCCCACUGGAGCGAAGAGGUGCUGAUCUCCAGAUUGCCAAGGCGGUGCCAAGACACAGACUUUUCCUCAUGCCCCCCCAAACCCAACCCUGUGACACCCCACAUGCCCCACACCCCUGUGUCGACCCUGGUCGGUCCUCGUGAUGGAGCUAACUAACCCCACCUCCACCCUGUACGCUGCGGUCGUAAAGAUGUUGGGGUAUAAAUCGAGGUGGAAGAGAUGAAUCAGAAAACUCUGAGAACUAGAAUCUAGAACUAUAAAACGAGAACUCGAACAUGAAGAACAUGGUGAUGAUGGACUCCAUUGUUGGGAGAAACUGGCCACUGACCUUCCUGGCUGGGACACUGCUCUGGACCAGCUGCCUUGCGGCUCCUAUGCAGUGCCACUUCAACUCCAAAGCGCUGUGUGUGUACGAGGGGAGACACUACUCUCUGGGGGAGUCCUGGAUGGAGGACGGCUGUCUGCAGUGUACCUGUCUGCACCCUGUCGGCGUCGGCUGCUGCGAGACGGUGCAUCACCCGGUGGACUUCCCAGGGUGGUGCGAGGUUCGGGUGGACACUCUGACCUGUAAGAUGACCCUCGUUCAGAGCGCUGACCCCCGCCUGCCCUGCAGACCCGGGAAUGGACACUACCAAGACCCCAGCCAUGGCUCACUGGAACACUACUUGCAGCUAGCGGAGUAGACAGGGGCGGAAUCACAGUCGGACAGUGGAGGCUGGUGGAGGGAGAAAUCGAAGAACGGGCUCAUUUAAUUCCAGCCAUUACAAGGAGCCUGUUCUCCGAUUUAAAGUGGCACCAUCCUCCACUGAAGUCGGACGAUCACCUCCCUCCACCCGUCUGUCUGUGUACUUCAAACGCUCCAUUCUCACAUGUUGCAGACCCGUAAUUUGUUAACAUUUGAACCUCAUGAAUAUUACAAUAUACUGUACCAUAAGCAGAAAAGUAUACUCAGUUGGAAUGCAGAGGUGAGCCCACAUAAUGUAAUCCCACAUUUAUGGCACCCUGUAAUGCUCUACUGUAAAUAUCAACUCUUAUAGUAAUAUAUAACAAUUCUUGUCGUAUUUGUUCUGUAUUGCAGUUAUAUUCAGUUAUCCUCUAAAUAAAAUUCUCAUUCA